AUGAAAGGAAGGCUCUGGUUAAUAGAUGAUGUGGACCUCCUCGGUCAAGUCUUCGCGGAUCCAGGACGCUAUAAGCAUAUUCAGAACCCUGUUAUGACCGCCUGGAACCAGAUACUGAACCAGAAUCCAGUGGCAGUGGAUGAACUAUCUUUCAUGCUCUGUACCAAUCUACGCACUAUGCCCCAGUCUAUUUUUCCAUCCCAAAUAACUAAGAAACAGACACUCAACGCCCUGGGGUUUCUGAACGCAUACUCAUUCAUCAAGACUCAAGAGUCAAGCAUUAGUAUGCACCAAAUUGUGCGUAGCGCGACCAAAAACUGGCUAAGAAAGGACGGGCUACUUGCUCAUCGCCUUGGAAAAGUUGCUGAGCGGAUGCAGGAGGUUUUACCGGACGAUCAAAAGCUCGCCAUGACGCUAGCACCGUUCAAUGAUGUUUCAAUUUCAAACCCAACUCUAGGCAUGGAUAAGCAAACCACAUUGGAAAAAGAAGUUGCCAAACUCGCAGUCAGGCCCCUACUACUUACUGUACGAGAGAUUUUUGCCUACUAUGAUUCCCGCGAAAGCAAAGAAUGGCACGGAUAUGCGGCGCCUACUGCCGCCGCAUACGCAAAACCACUGCUGUCCAAGGCCUCUCCUCCAUCGGGACUGGUUCAAUCAAGACGAAAAUUUGGAACCAUGGCAGAGAAGACGACUGAGGAUGAGAACACCUUCAAAAGAAGAAAGGAAGAAAUCAUAGCAUUUGAGAUGGGGGCUGCGGGCUUAACAUCACAUAACCCUGCUCUUAUCAUAAGAGGUAUAACCGACUAUGCAGACUCCACCAAAAGCCGACUAUGGCGGGACUAUGCUGCACAAACAGGCACGCAAUUUCCCAAAGAGUUACGAGAGUUUUCAGCUAAUAUUCGUGGUAUCGAUGGUCUUCCCCAGUGGAGUGAUCUUACUACAAAUGUUUCUUCUUCUCCAGAAGUUAGCGGAAACAUCUCAUUUUCUAUGCCUGGGUUGAACUCGCGGUCCGAUUUCUAUCGAGUAGCUAUAGUUUAUCUCAUCAACCACUUUGCCACCGACGCUGAACUUCUAGCACUCUACGAAGAAGCAGUACAGCAAAUAAACGAAACUAGUUUCAUCAAUAAUUAUCAACAUCUGCUGAAAAUCUAUUACUUGGAGUUAGAGUUCAAAAGUCAGGAUCCAUCCCAGAGGCAGACAAUCGUGCUUUUGCGAAAACAGCGCGAAAGACACUUUCUUUCACAUCAGAUAUAUCAUGCUGUGAGGUCUCCUGAUACACCGAACCAAGGAAGAAAACGUACUUUGCUGGACCCGGAUGAAAGGCAACUACGACUACUAAAUAUGUUCCUCGAAAAAAAUACCAACAAUAGUGCAGCCUCUCAGAAUACAGCCGGUACUUCAACAGAUACCGAAUGGUAUACUGAGAGUGAAGGAAGUGAUAGCAACGCGGACUCCACCGACAGCUACCUGGCAUUUCCUGAGCUGAAGUCUAGAGCCCGGUUUCUGUGCGAAGGCCAACCAUAUAAGCAGUACAAGGAGCAGCUACGCAAUCUUGCCUUACAUAAAGCACGAGACCAAGCCAAGAAAAGUCAAUUUGGAGCAAUCCAAGCGCAACCAGAAGUGGAAAUGCCAGAAAUCCAUGAAAACACAAGACCCAAACGGCCUAUUGUAGCGGGAGAGAUGGAGAGCCAGCCAAGUAGCCGAUGGAAUUUUCUCGACAAGACUGUGAAACUUCUGCAAAAUGUCCGAUUCCAGCCCAGUCAACAACUCUGCGAUCGUUUUCUUUAG